GUCGAAGAGGGGGCAAAGGGUUCAGCAUUAAACAAUACCAAAGAACAUAUAUAAGCUACUUUAUAUAAAUAGCUUACGACUCUCUUUUCUUUCUUUCUCUCUCUCAUUCUCUUCAAAUGCUUCUCUUGGUCUUCUUUUUUUUCUGUUUUCAGAGAUUAUUGGCUCUAUCCACUUUUAAUGUUACGUUACCUGAGCCCAAUGCACCUUUUGUUGCAGGACAAAUGUUACCUAUAAGUUACACCUUACCAGAUGAUCCAAAUCUAUUUCGCACUUUACAUCUAUCCAUUCUCUUUACCACAACUGACCCCUCUCUUAACCAUACUGAAGCAGUUAUCACUCCAAACGCAGACACAUCACAGAGCUUUACUUUCAGAAAGGUUUAUAAUACUACAGUCUAUUAUGAACAUCAAUUGAGUUAUUCCAUUCCGAACAAUACACUUCCUGGUCAAUACUCUAUCGUCUUUGCUGACUCGAUCACUGGUGCGAAAGAAUCUGUACCAAUUACUGUUCGACCUUAUGCUCCACCUGCUCCACCUGCUCGUCCUUCUGGGAAACCAUUCUUUGUCAUCAGUGGAGCCCCUGCAUAUGUUAUGGUUACAUUGUCAUCAAUGACCACUUAUUGCUCUCUUGUAGUUUUCAUUAUUACCUAUUUAGCAUUAUGAAUCACGCCCUCCUUCUUCUAGUUAUUCUCGUG